AUGAGUAAAAUUAAAACCUGUCUAGGUAAUAAAUAUGUGAAAAAGCCAAGAUUUUUUACGGGCAUUCAAGCCAGCGGAACCCUUACACUGGGAAAUUAUUGCGGAUUAAUCAAUCACAUUUUAAAAAUUCAAGGCGAUUAUGAAGUAAUUGUUAUGAUUGCUGAUUUACAUGCUUUAACUAUUCCCAAACCUAAUUUUGAUUACCGGGAAAAGUGCUAUGAAAUUGCUUCCUUGCUUUAUGCUUCUCCUUUUACCACCGUAAGUGAGUUAAAUAACAUGAUUCAAUACAAAGAAAAAAAGAAAAAUGAGGAGACAGGUAAUUUGGCUUUAUUAUCCUACCCAGUCUUAAUGGCCGCUGACAUUUUUCUUUAUGAUACUGAUUUAAUUAUUGUUGGCCAAGACCAAACUCAACACCUUGAAUUAGCCCAGCACCUAGCCCAAAAAUUUAACAAUUUUUAUGACCAAAAACUGCUGAAAAUUCCCCAAUUUACUAUUCCUCGCUUUGGAGCCAAAAUCAUGGGCUUAAAAAAUCCAGCCAAAAAAAUGUCCAAAAGUGAAAAUGAUUAUAUUGCUCUAUUAGAUAAACCCGAGAUUAUUAUCAAAAAAAUAAAAGAAGCCGAAACCGACAGCGAAAAUAAAAUCUAUUAUGACCCAAAAAACAAGCCUGGUAUCUCCAAUCUUCUAACUAUUUAUGCUUUAUUAAACAAUCGAGAAAUAGAAGCGGCGGAAAAAGAAUUACAAAACCUCAAUUAUCACCAAUUCAAAUUACAAAUUAUCGACUUACUUAAUGGCAAACUAGGAAAAAUCCAAGCAAGAUAUAAUCAUUGCCUUUCCAACAUUAAAGAAAAAUUAGAAAAAAAUAAUAUUUAUUUACAAGAUUUAGCAGAAAAAAAGAUAAAUAUAUUUAAUAAAAAAUCUAAAUGGAGUGUCUAUAUAGAAAUUAAUAAACAUAAAAUUAAAACCUUGUUGCUUUUUACUCUGCUUGGUACUUAUCAAACAAAUGCUGGUUCGCAAUUUAAUGAGUGCUUAGGUACUGAUUAUUAUAAAGCCAUCUCUGACUUUGCUAGCACUGUAGCUGAUAAACAAUUAUUUUGUUGCACUCAUACUAAUUAUGUCUAUAAUUGUUUUUCAAAUCCGGGAGGCGGUUAUUGCGGUUUUAUAUUAAGAGUCCAAUGUAACAAAAUUGGUCAAUCUAAAUUUUGUAUUACAAAGGGAGGAUAUCCGAAGUUUGCUUUACCAGGCGGUUUAUGUGGUGGCAUUAUAGGAGAUGCACCUGCUGCUAAUAAUACAGUAGGCACUUGUCCUAAUUUAAAUCCAGUAGCUGAUACCCUAAAAAAUUCUAACACUGUUCCAAAUAAAUUUAGUUGGCUGUGUUGUGAUGCAAACACUUGUACAGCACCAGUUAACGUAGCAUUAGCAGAUAAAACUGCUAAUACCAAUUGUGGACUUGGUCAAUAUAGUUUAAUGUGUUUUAAUGAUGGCAGUGUAGCACCACCCGUUUUUAGCGAAACCCCAGUUGUUUCUUCUACUUUUGUUGCUAGCAAGUCUGUUUCCACAGUAACAGUAACUGCCUUUCCUAACGAAGAUUCUCAUUUGACUAAAAAAAUUGCUAUUCCAGUCGGAACCAUAGUCGGCGUGGCCGCUGUCAGCGGAGUAACUUAUUAUCUAAUUUCUCGCAAAAGAAAGAAAAAAAAUAAUUCUUCUACUCAAGAACAAAACAACAGCAGUAUUGAAUUAGUAGAAACUAAUCGAGAAGCUGAAGAUCAUGAAUUAGAAGUAUCCUUAGAAACUUUACUUGAUACCCAAGCUGAAAUCGCUAAGGGCAAUAACACUUAUACUCUCCGGCAAACCUUAAGAGAAGCCAAAGAAAAGUUAAUGAAAAAAAUAACUAGUGAAGAAAUAGACAAUCUUUGCCAAUUAAAAAGUGAGAUAGUUCAGACAACAGAACAAGUUUUAACUAACCUCUCUGAACAAAGACCAGAGUUACAAGCCCAAAUCGAACAAGAGAUUUCGGGAAAAAGAUAUAAUAUUUUCUCCUCCGAAUUAAAACAAAAAUUAGGAGAGAUUGUUUCGCAACGAAAAACUUCCGGGGAUGAUAUUUCUUCUUCUCCCGCUAUUAUUGAGGCUCAAUUAUCCCUUGACCCAAACAAGCACAAGGAAAGUUCCGGUCCUGCUAAUUAUUACUGGUGGUUUUCAGUUAGAAAAGAACACAUUUAUCAGCAGGCUCAAAUUUACCAAAGUGAGAAAAAAAUAGUAGAAGAAAAGUGGAAAAAUUUCCGAAAUACUUGUCGUUCGGCUCGAACAGAAAUAAAGAACAAAAUAGAGGAAGUGAAUAUGGACCUUGCUGAGCAAGCAGUUUACCAGUGUCGAAAUAACGAGCGACUAAAUGAUUGUAAGAAACGAAUGAUGAACUUAAUUCAAGCGCUCGCUAAUAUAGGAGAAGAAGGAAGAAAAACAAGAGAACAAAUGGCUCGUGAGGAAGCAAAAGAAAAACAGGAGCAAGCUGAGAAAAAGAAGAAAGACCAAGCAAAAAAGGAAAAAGACAGAAAAGAAAAAACCGAACAAAAAGAACGCGAAAGAGCAGAAAAAUUACAGAAAGAGCAAGAAGCCAAAGAAAAAGAGGCGGAGGAAAGAUUUAAAAAUAGUGAAGACAAAGAUUCUGGUUUCCAGCAAAAAAAAGAAGAAAUAGAUAAUAAAAUAGCGGAUUUAGAAAAGAAACUCCACGACCAGGAAAAAUUAGGAGACGCUGAUAAUCCUUCCCGCAAAAAAGAGAAAGAAGAUUUAGAAAAACAAUUGUGA